GUUCUGUGAAUUCCAAAGCAUAAGCACACAAAAAUACAUAAGAAAUAAAGAAAAUACGACAUAAGUAGCCAGAUAAAAGCAAAAAUGAAACGAUGGAAAAUAACGCAACAGCAGUUAGUUAAGAAAUUCUAAAGAAUUUCGACGUUCAACUAAGUGAAUAUGUAAAUUUGAGAAUCCAAAAAAAAUAUAUAGUUCUGGCCAGGGAGCAUUUAGAAGUGCCUACAUAGGUAAUUCGGUGAAAACGAAGUCGACCAAAUAAGCAGUAGGAGAAAGACGAAGAAGAAAAAGAGACGAAGUGAAGUGAAGUAAUGUCAGAAAAAAAUGAAACUGCCAGUGAAAAGAUUUCUUAAAUUUCCUACUAAUAUUACCUGUUAUACGCAACGACCAGAAAGCAGUUCUUGAGUGAAGAAAAAUGCCACUCACGGUUAGUAGAUAUUUGUUUUGGGGGCUCGCAACAAAACAGCAACAACAAAAGCGAAUAGCUACAGUGGUCGGUGAGGUAGAGAGAGGAGCGGAUAAGUGAAUAAGCUAUAGCAGAAGCACAUACGCAGUGCCAGAAGCAAAAAACGUAGGCAACCGUUUGCGCCGAGAAAAAGUGCCGUCAGCGACGCGCAUACCUACAUAUAGAGAGCAGGUUUGACUACAAAAACGCAAACAUCAUCAUCGCAACCAAAUGCGCUCAAUGUGAAUUCGAACGAAGUGUUUGUGGUUGGUGAAUGAAACGGCUAUAGCAAAAAUAUUAACGUAAUCAAAAGUUCUCUGGAAACUAAUGAACUCAUGUUUAAAAGUGCUACAAAAUACAACAGUUGUUCUUUGGCAACAAGUAAACAAAUUCGUAUGAAAUCUUAUUAGCUAAAACUAAUUACAUUCAACAAGCGAGCUAACAGGUUAAUAUGAAGUGCAAGAAAUUUGUGAAUAACCACAGCGGUGUAGAAGCAGCAUAAAUAGCAAAAACUAAAAUAGUUAAUACAAAAAUAAAUAGACAAGUGAUCGAAUAAGCAGUUUGAGUGUAAGAAAAAAAUACAUUGGUUUUAUCAGUCACUGCUCUCCUUACCCCGCAACACCACUUGCGCCCUCAUACGAGUAACGCGCGAAAACGCCACAUACCGCAUAAAAAUAUAUUAACACAUACAAAUAUCUGUACAUAUGUACAUACCUAUUCGUAUACAAAGCAGCGCAAAUCAAGUCACUACCACCCCUACAGCACAAACGCUUAACAACACUCACUCCAGCGCGUUCCAUUCGGCGUCGCAUCGUCUCACCCUCUUGUCAACAAGCUGCGGCGUCGUGUCGUGUUGUCGCUUAACAUUUGAUUCUUAUAUUUAUAAUAAAUACAUUUGUGCUUGUGCUUUGGUAUGCUUUAUUAUUUCUCUUGAAGUUUAAAACGUAUUUUUGUACAUUGCCUUUCAACGUUAUUCGAGGUUAGUAUAGCAAAGCGUUCGAAAAUAAACGCGCGCGCGCCAAUUUGUGAAAAUAUAUUAAAAAAAUAUAACGACGGAAAAGAAACAGAAGAGGAAACGGAAUUUAGAUAGUUAGAUUUGUUGUUAACACAAUAUCAAAAGGUAUCAACAGUUGAAGCAGAAAUAGCAACACAUUUAAUAAUAACAAAAGUGAGCAAGAGCUUAUGAAGUUAAAAAAUUCAAUAUACUGACGCUUUCGCAAGCAGCACAACAACACAGACGAACAAACAUAAUCCGUUAGAGGGAAGCGGCAUAAGGCCGACUCACGCGUUUAUCCCACAGCGGCAAUAACAACAAAUAUCGACGACCUAGCGCAACCGCUGGCAAGUGCCACUGAGAGAAGAUGGCCAAUCCGCGUAAAUUUAGUGAGAAAAUUGCGCUACAGAAGCAGCGCCAACAAGAGGGCACUGCUGAAUUCGAACGAAUUAUGAAAGAGGUUUACGCAACUAAAAUGGAUGAUACUCAAGCGAAUCAGAAGAUACUUGAAUGUUGUUUAGUAAAUACUGACAUUGACAGCAAUCACGCCACAAAUGCCAGUUUAGUAAGUGGUUCAGGUGUAGGUGGCGGAGGAGGAGGCGGGAAUGGUGGCGCUGGUGAUGGUAGCACCAAUGGUCCAGCUGUAAAUACUGCAGGUAGUGGCAGUGGUGGUGCCUCACCAGAUAGCACCAGUAUUGGCAGUGGUGGGGGCACAAGUAGUAGUAAUGUACGCGAGUCUAGAGGGCGCAGUGUAGGCGUCGGUCCCAUGCGACGCCCCUCGGAGCGUAAACAGGACCGUUCGCCAUAUGGCAGCAACGCUGGCGUCGCAGUCGGCAUGGGCGCGGUCUUGAACAACAACGCCUAUCUCAGCCCGCCAAUGGACAGUAGUUGGCGUCGCUCAAAUUCAGAUUCGGCACUUCAUCAAACACUCAGUAUGGCGGUGGCGGCGGAAGGUGGUUUUGGUCCGGGUGGCAUAGCUGGCGUUGGCGGACUGCCCGGUGAUAUGAAUGUGCUGCAUGCAAACUACCAGCAUCACAACCAACGAUCUCAUUCGCCAAAUAUUGGCCGCAGUUUUAGUCCACAAGCACAAAGACGAAAAGGUCAAAUGAUGCAUCAUCAUCAGCAACAACAACAACACUCUCAGCAACACCUACAUCAUAGUCAGCAACACUUGCAAUUGCAGCAGCAACAUCAACAGCUGCAGCAACACUUUCAGCAGCAGCAGCAACAACAGCAACAGCACCAGCAGCAUAUGCAUCAACAAGCACAACAGCAGCAUGUCCAACAACACCAUCCGCAGCAACAUGCACAACAGCCAGCGAGUAGUGUUAGCCAACAGCAGCAACAUCCACAACAUUUCAAUGCCAAAUACACAAACUGCAACAUGCCAAUAAAUAAUAUAUUCAAGUCCCUACAAGAGCAAUCGCUGGCGCUCGCCAAUACGGGUUCAUUGCCGGAUCUGACUUCAUUACAUUACUCGCCUGCACAACAGCAAUUGAUCCACCAGCAACAGCAGCCGCAGCCGCAGCACCAACAGCAAACGCUUUCGCCAAUAUUGUCACCUCACAACAACGGCCGCGAUCGAGAUCAGUCUUCGAGUCCCUUUAGCCCUGCUGCUGGCAAUGGCAAUGGAGGUGGUGGGGGUGGCGGUCCGCCAUCGCCAUAUCAACAGCAGCAGCACUCACCCACAUCAGCCGCCAACACACCGACAGCUGCGCAAACAUCACCACAUUUGUCUUUCACAAAUCUCGCCGUGCAAUCACCUACAGGCAACGGCCCCGCCACACAAAACACCGCACAAAGCGGCAAUUUCACCAACCUGCCUACACUGGGUGCCGCCAGCUCGACGGGCAAUCUUACAGACUACCGUCAACCACUGAAUCCACCCAGUCCAGGCUCCUCUCCGGGAUUGCUGACGUCCGUAUCGGGAAACGAUGUGGUACAUAUCAGCGCGCCUGCCAGUCCAAUACGGCAUCCGCAAGCCGGCGUCAUCGGCCAAGGCAUACAGGGCUAUAAUGAAAAGAGUAUUCAGACAUUCGAUCGUUACUCUCCUGCUAUUCCUGUGGGUGCGCUAGAAACGACUGGGUACAAUAGUCUGAAUCCCUCGUUUCACAACCAUUUUGAGCAAUUUACGCUAGGUGACAGCAAUUCCUCGCCCGAGCAACAACAACAGUUGCAACAACAUUUUCAGCGUCAACAACAGCAGCAGAAUAGCUUCACUACGUUAGAUUUUGAUGACUUCGUUAGCGGUGGGAAUGGUUCGCCAUAUUCCCAGAGCCUAACCCAGAACAAACAAUUAGACUUUGGUGAUCUGACAGGCGUGUCAACGUCAACGGCGACGACAGUAACGCAUAGCAGUAGAAGUGACGAUAGCAAUUGCAACUCCAACAGCGGUAACAGCACAACCAAUAACAAUAACACUCAGCAACAACAACUGCAAGCGACACGUAUUAUGACGAAUCAACUGUUAAAUAAUAAUGGCACCGGUGGAGGCAACAAUGUUAACAGCAACACAAAUACAAACGGUCCAUGUCGCAUUAGCAACAAUAAUGUAAAUCUGACGCAAGCGAACGAAGUGAACUCGUCACCCAUACCUUCACCCUUGGGUUGUUUGCCGUCACCCUCGUCUCCACUACCGAUUCCUAUAAAUACACAAUCGCCGCAUCAUCAACAACACCAACAUAUGACGCUGUCACUGCACUCACACUCUGCACAACCAUCACCUCAUCAUUCACCACUGCAUUCGCCGCACCACGCCUCCCCACUGUCAUCAUCGUCGCCGGGCAUAACAACAUUAACUGGCGGAGUAUCCCCAGCGUCACAUGGCGGCGGUAAUGGCGCAAACAAUGCGUCGGCGCACCACCAUCAACACCAGCCGACGACGCAACACCAACAACACCAUCAUCAUCAACAAAAUCACGCUAAUACACCGACCAACACCAACAUACCGGCGAUCAUAUUCUCUGACUAUUCGUCGCGUGAAAUUUUCGACUCACUCGAUCUGGAUUUGGGUCAAAUGGACGAGACUGCACUAGAUUUACUAGCAGAUCAGAACUCGAUAAUGAUUGCCGAUGCUACAAUCGAAGACAGUUUUCGAAAAGAUCUUAACUGAUACUAUGAGGAAGCUGUUGCAGCUAUUGAGAGUGGCGUACUACUCGACGACACCUUCGAUCCGCUAGGGCCCAUAGUAGACGUCACUGAGGUACUGGGCAAUCCGCUGGCGGAUACAAUGAAGUACAAACAAGACGAAACAAUAGACACGGCCACGCCCACCAAAUCUGCCAACAACACAAAUACAGACUUCAUACCACCCAUCAAACUUAAUAUUAGCGGGCAAGAUAAUAUCGAAGAUGAGCUUAGUAAUGUCGACGAUAACAUAAGCAUUGGAUUAGGUAUAGGUAUUGAAAUCGGUAUUGGCAGCGAUACUACUGAGAACAACGGUGAUGUGGAAGACUUUUUCUUCUAAAUGUGGUCGCAACGAUGGUCAAUAAGCGGACUGUUAUGAAGGUAAACGCUGGAGAAGAGAAGCACAACUAUCUAUGGUAUGUCGAUUGAUGGGACGGCGACAGAGGUAGUUGGAACGACGCACAUAGCUAAACACAAUAUACAUUCAAGGAUGCGUAUAUACGAUGAUAUACAUACACACACACGCACACACACCCAAACGUACGUAUGAGUUGAAGUGCACGCGCAAGCAACAGUGGUAGCAACAGCUUUUAAAACUCUAAGCAGUAGUUAGGACUCUUUAAAUAAAAUAUACAAACGUAAUUACCUAAAACAUAUACAAAUGUGUUUAUUUACAUACAUACAUAUGUAAAACAAAAAACAAAUUAAUGGCAGUGGAGCAUUUGUAAAAGACCAGGAAACGUAUGAAUUGAGUUGUAAGACUGAAUUGGGUUUUUUGUAAAAGAGUUUUCGAGUAUACCGAAUGGUAAUUUUUCUUUGAAAAUUUGAAGUUUUAAAAUUUUAUUUUAUUAUUACAAGACUUUUCUCGCUUAAAACUAAAUGACUUACACAGUACUGUCGUAGAAGUAAUAACUUAGGAAAAAAUUUUUAAUCUGUGGAUUUCCCUAAAAACAUAUGUAAGUCCAGUUUAAAAUAUAAAAAGUCUAUUUUCACCUCCCUUUAAAAAAAAAUUAAAUUUUCUAAUUUUUCCUGAUUCAUUAUUUGAGAUACUUUAUUCUCUAUAUAUUCGCAAUUGCUACAAUACAGUGGAUUUACGCAUGCCCAUCAUUCGUUGCUUGCAGGUUCAGUGUCUACUGUGGGCAUGAAACUUCAAAUUAUAGAAAAAGUUGUUAACUACUUAAAGUCACCGGUAAGGUAAUGGCAACUCUUCAAGUGACUUUCUGCUAUGAAAAAACUUUUCAUAAAAUCCAUUUGCUUUUCGCAGGCGAUAUUAAAUUGUAGAGCCCUUUAUUUAAAAGACAACAAGAGGUGCGCCCUAAAAAUUGGAGUAGAAACUCGCCCAAACAUCUCCAAUUAUACACCGAUUAUUCAGGCAUAAUACCAUAAAAAUUUGAGCAGUGCUCUUGUUCUACUCUCAAGUACUCAUAUCUGGUGGGUUGGUUGGAAUAGUAGGACUGAAUUGGCUCACAAAGUGCCACUUAGAUGCGCUUGCUGCUGAAAAAUCUCUUAGAGUCCGUCGGUGCAAUUCACUACUAUCUAAAAAACACUAGAAAGUGCCAAUGAACCUACUUUUGUUUGUUUAGGAGGGCUCGGAGAUCUCAAUUUGCUUUAAGAAACUGCAGAACAGAGAGUUAUAAACGUCCCUGUUAGUAUAGAAAUAUUCAUAGAAAGCCUUGUCUAUUUGAUUUGUUGUAAUCGAAAUUUGAUUUAUUCUUAAUUCGUAAGAAUUGCAUGUGUAGCUCUCUCUUAACUUAGCUUGACAUCGACUUACAGUCUCUGACUAUUCUGGAAUUUAUAGUUGGUAUUACCAGCAGUAGAAGUGUUGCUGGGCUACCUGAAAAGAUAUAUUAAAAAAGAUAUAUAUAUUAUAUAUGUAUAGGAUUCUGUAACUCCUAGUUGCAGCAUAGGGCAUCGACGAUUCGUUAGCAUGUUGUGUUUUAGGUAAGUAGGUUGCUAGCCAUCCUACUCUAGCUUGGUGAUAAUUGAACUAUCCAUACCUCCAAGCAGGUGUUUAUUAGUUUUGGUUUGCGAAUGGUAAUUUAUUUUCCCUUAUCCUGCAUGAUAGCGAGUCUUUCCCGAUCUGUCGCCUGGGGACGCGUCCGAUGGUGAUACCUAUACUUUUAUUACUCCAUGGUACUUCUUUGCCAGGUUCAAUAAAAAAAUUGGCAUGUAUAUUAAUUUUCGAGUUCUUUCAGUAGCAAAGAGAUAAUCCGUCAUCCACAUAUUCUUAAAAAUCUCUACCGUAGUUCACAGAAGAGGCUUGGGUCUUUCUAGACAUCCACUAUACUAAGUUAUAGAAGCUUUUAGUUAGAGAUAUGGCGACUAUACUCUUCAAGACUGAACAGAAAAGCAUAAUAGUUCUUACAGGUUAUAUAAUUGGCACUGUACUAAGGAGUUAUCAAAAUGGAGAAAAUGUGCAAUGUGAAGUUUCCCUGUGCGCUACUUUCCCAUUUCAUAUAACGCCUUCCUAGUAUAACUAGACCCUUAUGCCUACUUCCAAGUUGACUGCAUGUCAGUAUACCGCAUUUUCAGCUACAGCAUACAUACACAGUUUUUGCAUACAUAUAUAUGUACAUACAUAUGUAUAUCACGAAUUUAGUAGAUAAGUUGAAUCUGGUUAGGUAGUAGCCGGUAGUGUUGACUCUCUUUUCUUUUCCUUUCUAUUUUCAUUAGAUAAACUACUUUGGUAAGCUUAUUACUGCUCUUGCUUUCAUCUAGCAAGUAGGCGUGUCAUGUUUUAAUAUUUUUUGAACGCUUCCGGCAAAUCAAAGUCACAUCCUGCGUUGCAAGUUCGUUGCACAAUGCCUACCACCUUGCAUUGUAACUGCUGCGCAAGUGCUUGCUUACAUAUGAUUUUCUUCGGACGCACUUCAAUAAGGAAACACAUAAUUGAAUAAAAAACUCUUUGCUGCAAAUGUAAUCUAACAAAGUUAAAAAAUCAAAAUGUAGUAAUGGGAAAACCAAAGCAAGUAAGCGUAAGAAUAAAGUGAUAAAGUGUCUUUAACGCAUGCGGCCAAUUUACGCCACACAGGCAAGUAUAAUUUGCCAUAUCCGAUGUUAGUGCCAGGCGUAGGAGAAUUGUGCAGCGCACACGCAUCCUUGAAUGCCUACAAAGCGCUGUUAACAGCACCCUCAUGCGUACUUAGCUACAAAAAUACACCAACAUACAUAUAUAUGUAUGUAUAUGUCAGCAUACUGUAUCUGCUGCUUGCAUAAGUAGCAAUGCUGAAUGUGUAGCAGGAUGCCAUGGGUAAAUGUGUGGGUGUACAACAAUUGGCUGUAAUUCGUCGGUUAUGACAGCAGACAAAAAAGGAGACAGUAGCCUGCAGGUAGUGGGUGAUAAGUAAUAUGCAGCCGGCAGUAGAAAGUAGGAAGUGUACGAACAUGAAAGAGACCGAAAACUCAAUUAGUCAUUCAACUCAAUUCGAACGUUUACAGCUCGGCCGGAUGCUCCCGGCAAGCUUCCUUAAGUGUAGUUUAUGUAAUAAAUAUUUUUUUUUCUUCUACUCCGAUCUAACGUUUCCAUUUCGCUUUUACGACUAUAGACGACAAAAAUUAAUAAAUAUGCAAAUAAAUGCGGCGUUCAAAGCGUAUGAAUGUAUGCCAACAACAAAAUUACCAUGUACAUUUACUAUAAUAUUAUAUUUGACAUUUCUGCUUACAUUUAUUUUAAGUGUUAUAUUUUUUGUGCGUUUCCAGUUUAUCGUUUUUGUGUGAAAGCAAUUAGUAGUUUUUAAGCUAAGAGAAAUGUGAAGAAAACAGUUUUUACUAGAAUUUAACUUAAAGUGUCAAAUUCAAAUUAUUUUCGAAUCCAUCAAAAUAGCUGAAAGGAAGUGCAUACCUUGCAAAGCUGGCAAGCGAAAUUUUUGAUUACAAAACAAAAAGCAAAAACAACAAUUAGUAACUACCAUAAUAAUUGUAAGAUGGAAUGAUUAAAAGUAAAAUACCAAAACACAAACAAAUAUAAAAUGGGCAAAAAAUUAAAAAAUGUGAAUUAAAACAACAAAUUAAAACAAAAACUUGAUAAGCAACCAAAACUCAUAUGCAACAUACCCAAGUAUUUAAAAAAAUUGCAGAACUUACAGUACAUAAAACAAGUACAUAUUAAAAUCAAUUCAAAACUCUCGCCGUUUAGCAACUAAUAUCAAAACAUGCACUUACAAUAACAAUAAUAAAUUAUAAAAACAAACAUACGUACAUAUUUCAAAUCAAUGCACACUUUUUAUCAAAUAAUUGUAUUACAAAUUAUUUAAUUUAUACAUGUUUACUGUGCUUAUCUACUAAGCGCCCCUCUGCACUUAGCGCUCACCGCCAGCAAAACGUUCGAGAAAAACAAAAAACAUAUAGCAAAUACUUAAUGGAGAUCCGGAUUUCGCUUCUUUUUUGCAAUUACACAUUUUGCGAGUAGCUACAACUAUCCAAAUUAUAAUGAAACAAAAGGACCUUGAACUUCGCACUCCAUGCGCGCAAUUAUAUGUACUGCAUACAUGCGAGUAUACGAGUAUGUAUGUACGGAUAUAUUUAUUUGGUCGCAUGUAAAAAAAGUCCCUUGUAAAAUAUGUAGCGCCGUCUCUUGGCUACUGUAAAAUAAUUGCCUUUGCAAAAUGUUUAAUAAUGUCAUACAGUGCACUUAAAAAUUGUGUAUACCUUCAUAGGUGCACGUCUGAAAACUUGUAAAGUCACCGUAAGUUCAUAUGUAUGUAUGUUACAUUGUAUGGAGAUUCAUUUAAACGGUAAAGAUUGUCCCGUUUACAUUCAUGAUUUCGAAAGAUUUAUGUUGCGCGAUUUUUUAGAUUUUUUGUAACUAGUUAUUAUAUUAACCAAAGUGUGAAAUUGUAAAUGAAGUAAUAGUUUUAACAAAUUAAUUCUAGAAAAUGUUAUUUUUAAGAAAUUUUGACAGCUUUAUGAAGGGUUCAAUUACGUUUGACAGCGUGAAAGUAUUUUUUUUUUUUGUCAUCAAACUGUACUUGUCCAACAUUACUUGUCUGCCUGUUAUUACGGCAGCUUGUACUAACUGUACUCGCCUUGCAGCUCCUUCUUAAGCUUACAAAUCUUCAAAACGCUGGUUCGCAAUACGCGACUGUUGCUUCGCGACUGGCGUAAAAGAAUUAAUCUGUAAUAACAUCAGCUAAGUAAAAUUGUAAUUAUUAUAGUUUUGUUUUUGUUUGAAUUCUAAUCACGGCAGUAUAAUAUUUUCACGUUAUAUUUUUAUUUUAAUAUUAAAAAACAUAUUCACCAGCCAAUGCGAAUUAAUUAAAGUUGAUGGCACCAGACCAACAACAAUGUUUUGUAGGUUUGAUUGUCAAAGCUAAGUAUCGGCAAAGUAGAAAACAAAUAAUUAAAUCGCCUUGUUUCACGGCACGGCGAAAGGAAAAAAACACAAAUCAGCUGAUUUACCGGUACCACCCAUAGAAUGAUAGAAAACACGAUUGCGCCUUCCGAAUUCGCCGUCUCGUAAGAGCAAAUGAAUGAACAAGCAAAAGGAAGGGAAAUUACUUGUUUGUGAAGAAGAGUAGGCGCAAGCUGUGGAAAUAACCAAACGGAAGAAAUUAUACGCACACACACAUACGCCACGGCGUCUUCCGCAUAAAAACGCAAAAGUGAAUUUGGAGGCUUUAUAUUAAUUUGAGCUUUCCCAAUUUAACACGCGGCACUUCGUUUUCAUUAGUUUUCUCUCAAAUUAAAAUAUUACCAAGCCAUUCACUGAAUUUUCACAAACAUGAAAUUUCUCUUACUUUUGUUAGUUUUGUUCGUUUGUUUCGUAUUGCGAAGGGAGCUGACGUCAGACUUGUCAAAAUCGCGAAAAAUAAAGUAACUGUUUUUUAAUGGCGCCACCUUAGAUACCCAAUUCGCCUUGGGUACCACCUUUAAUAAAUUCACCUUAUUCACCAGCCCUAAGAUACAAGCCCAAAGCAAGCUUGCCGUGUUUGUUUUUCUCCGACAACUGUCAAAAAAGAAAACAAAUAUACUGAAAUGUGAAAUUUGACCAGAUGGCAGAUUUGCUUCACUCACUUGAAGGUUUUUAAAAUUUCAAAUAGCACAAAGUUCUAUUUGACAGCGCUUGUCUUUGACAUUUCAUUUUUACUCGUAUCGGCUUUUUUGAAUUUUGAAAUAAAUUAGUUGAAUUUACUUAGCGAAUUAGGCCAAGAGUGCUGCUUCUUUAGUAGAGACGUUCUCUGGUAGUUCAACACUAACUUCUUCCAUAUUUUUUUACUUUUCUCAUACAUGGGCUGACAGGUAACACCAAAAACUCAGCUGUUUCCGGUACUACUUAGCUUUUGCAUUAGCAUUUAAAAUUUAGGUUUCACCUGCAAAAUGGCAUACGCAAUAACAACAAUUAACAUGGUGAAGCGAAUUCAGAAGGCGUAACCAAGGUCUAACUGUGCGACUAGGUCUGAGCAAAUUUGCAAGAAUCAGCUGAUUGUUUGACGUCACCUCGAUCAUGGCAGCGGUUUGUUUACGAAAAAACUGAGAUUGACUGAACUCGACUGAUUGGGCGAGUGUGUGAACACGUGUAAAAGGAUCGUGCUGAAUUCGGCUGGCGAAUCUCCUAUAACGUGGCUACUGAAGUUGUUUGCACCAUUUUGUUUUUCACCGUAGCAGAUUGGCCAAAUCUGUUAAUCUAUCAUCCUUAUUUCUUUAACGGAAUAGAGAUUUGUAUUAGAAGAACAAGAGAGCUGCUCUCCUCCAGAAAAUCUUGACACACAUGAAACUAGCUGCAACAAUUUAGAAUUAAUUCAACACAAUUUGGUUUCUAAUAUGGUGAAAUUUCCCAACCCUGAUUAUGAUUAAAAGAGUGAUUGGUUAAGUCUCUCGAUGAAGAAAGUACAGAAGUUGGCGCCAUCCGAAAAGCUUUACCUUAGCUUUUGGCAAAUUUGACAACUGAGUGUCGUUGGUGUGAAAAUAUACAAACCUUUGUGUGCCAAUGUGCGCACGAUUAAUUCUAUAUUCCUGGCUUUCCACUCACUUUCGCUAAUUCUUCCUUUCUUUAGUUUGUUUAUUUUCCGUACUGACGUACACGGUACUUGGGAAAGCCAAAUCUUAUACCGCAUAAUUCUUGGAUAAGUCAUUUAUUCUUCAACUUUUCUGCAUUGGAGUAAAAUUCCAAGAACCGCAUUGUGUAUGUACUUAUAAGUUUGAACCCUCUGCAGAAAACCCCCAUUCAGCAAACAGGCUUGUAGACCAUUUAAUAUUUAUGAAUUGCAUAUGCAAGCCCAACAAAUGAUAUAAGCAAGAAUUGUUUGAUCUGAACAACCAUUGGCACAGUAUAACACUCAGACGGUAUCUAAACUGAACUGUGCCCUAGACUUCAAAUAGAAAAUCAAAUCUUAGAUUGCGUUCGCUUCAAAUUUGGAUAUGGUCAAAUUACCGUCCCAGAUAAUCACGGGCUGUUCUUGUAACAGCAUAAACUAUUCCCUUUUAUGUAGGGGGAAUGCUGCUGGAGUGACAGUCGGUGACGUAGAACCGACUGUCGUGGUAAAGGCAUAAAAAAUAUAAUGAAUCUUCUAUAUUCCAGGCCUCUAUAGAACUGCUGAGAUUUUAGGAGAGUAGAAUAAAUGGAUGCUUUUAAUAGUCCUCAGUAGGUUAAAGGGGGAUUUGAUAUGCAAAGUUUAUCUUUAUAGCUAUGCUAAUCAAAAAACACUCAUGUUCUGGACUUUCUGUCUUAGAAUUAUAUAUAGAACCUGAAUCUGCCAAAAACAAAGUCGAGAAAAAUCCUUACAUACGAAUUGGCCCACCCUAAUGCGUAUAUAUCGAAAGAGCUACACCCUAGUGUUAUUAGUAAAUAAAUCUUUCUUGCGCUCGAAAAAUGUGGCUGUCAAUUUCUUUUUUAUUCUCCAUUAUAAAAUGAAUUUAUUAGUGUCCGAUGACAGCAUAACCCAUUUAUUUAUUACAAAUUAAAUGUAAAUAAAUUUUCAAAUGAUUUUCAUUGGGGAAACUGACUGCGUUUCAAACUAUAUUAAAAUUAAGUUUUUCUCUAGUUUUUUAGGAAGCUUAUAAAUAUAUAUAUUUUUUUUAUAAAAGAAUAUUGCGGUGUCGCAUGUUGCUUCCUGCGCAUCUCGCUCUUGUUAUAAAUAAAUCUGUUGCGGCGCUAAAAAAAUUUGCCAGUGAGUUUCUUGUUUUCUCAUCCUCCAUUACCAAAAUUAAUUUAUUACAGUAAACAAAAUAGCCCUAGAUGGCGGAGAUAAACAUACAAAACAACAGGUAAAUUGCAUAUAACAAUUUCACACAAAAAUCAGCUAAUGUAAAGAUUUCGUGUACUUAUAGUGGGUUUUUGAUAUUUCUUUUUUCUAAAAUAUGCGCAAUGAUAAAAGUAACCCGACGUACGCUAACCAUAGAGAACGAGAGAACUUCGGGCUCGGCCAUUUUCGGAUACAAAAUUUCUAUUCGGUUUCGGCCAAAAAAUAACCGAAAUCGGCAGAACUUUUCUUACAACUUUUUUGUUUAAAAAAUAUCUGAGCAAGUUAUAGUUUUUGCCACAUUUUUGAGUGAUGUUUUCAAAGCGUACACUUUUUUAAGUUGUUUCGAAAUAUCAGCUUCUUCUACAUCGCUUGUGGCUAGUGAGCAAUUAUUCAGUGCUCCAAGUCAGUUCUAUACCGAUAGACGGUGCUGCCAGCCAAGUGAAAAUUCUGAUAAGGAUAAAAAUAUUCAACUACGAAUAUUAAAUAAUUAGUGCAUGUUUUUUUCCUUGAAAAAUAAUUUCUGUUUUUUGUGAUUUUAAUAACAUAAGCACAUAUGUUUGUAUAUGUUAUGAACAGAAGUUAAUGUGAUUGAUAUUUAAGUACCCUUUUGGAUUUUUAAAAAGUUGUUGCCUGCAUAUUACUUGUAACCUUUAAAAAGUUCAGCUCCGACUGAGAUUGGCGGUAGUUCGGUUCGGUUUCGGCCUUAAAAAUCGGUGUUCCAUCGUACUUUAGCUAACCAGGUCUUGAUGAAAACGAAAUUCUUGUUCCAAGCCAUCUAACUUCGGAUUAAAGUCAAUAUUAACUAGACAAUGCGAAAAUUUUUCUUAGCGUUAUCCAUAAGUCACAAUAUGGUUGCAGCACACAGGUACCAAGCCCGACAGUUUGUGCCAACAAGAACCUAAAUACUUUUAACGAAUAUCCAAAAGUUACUUUUUCAUUUAUUAAAACUUAUAGGAAUGGUUUAGGUUCAGCUGUUUAUUGAUUGAUAUGUAGAUGUAGCAAAAUUAUAUAGGUCAGUACAAGAGCCAGCCCACACUGCUCUAGAGGCAUAGUUUUCUUAAACUAUUUGAAUAGAUCCAUCCGACAUGCCAACAACAUCAACAAGGUAAUGGACGAUUGUUGAGGACCAAAUCUUUGAUUCGUUGACACGUUGGACAUCAUUUAGAGUUUUUGGCCAAUAUCACACUUUUAUUUAUAUUUUUUGUUUAAUAUUCAUUAGACUUAAAUAGUGAGCUGCAUAAAAAAUCUUACCCAGUACCUUUUAUUUAUUUAUUAAUUAAUUUUUUUUAGAAAUUUAUUUUUUCGAAACAAGCAAUAAAAUGCAACUUUUCUUCGACAUCCUUCACGUCUCAACUGUCGGCAUUGUUCUUUUUUUGCAGAAGGCUUAAAAAUGCCUAAAACCAUAAAACGAAACAUGCUGAUGUAUAUGUUAAGUAUCCAUCGUUUCAUAGCUUUUCAGAAUGGUUUUUACAUCAUCUCAAGUGAGCAAUUUGAAUUUAGUUUACAGUUUGCCCAACUUAACGGGUCCAAUAGGAAGUAUUUUCUCUGCUGUCAAAUAUAGUUGAAGCUUUGCUUGCACUCGAUUUCUAUAGAAAUAUAGAUAUAAGUAAUUCCUAAGCAAACUAAAGGAAAAAACUUUAAAUAUAAAACAAAAUAAAUCGUUCAAAUUCAAUAAAAAAGCCUGAAUUUAUUUUAUCACUAAUUAAUAUACAUACAUAUAAAUAUUAUUAUAAUUGCAUAAAAAAUUAAUAAGCGAUUUUUAAAUUUUUUUAUUAAUUAUACACUAAUGUCAAAGUAUGAAAACGGGAAUAUAUUAAAUCAAUUGAUGUACCUAGAAUUAGAUUUUAAAUCUUGAAAAAAAAUUUAAAUAAUCAUUAUUCUUAAUAAACAUAAAAUUAUGUACGUUUAGUGUUAAAAUGUGGAGUAUGUGGACCAUUAGGAUACCUACAAGAACGAAAAUGAAAAUAAAACUGCUUGGGUAUGUGUAUAUAAAGUAAGAGUUGCUAAAAUUUUUGUGAGAGUAAAUGUCAAAAGGAAGCUGAUCUGUAAAAAUGAAUAGAAAAUCCAACGCUGAAAAUAUUUACAUAUGUCAAUGGGAUAUAUACAAAACAAAGGUAUGAGUAUGUAAAUAAUAUAUAAGUAUAUAUAUACAUACAUAUAUAUAUACAUUCAUAUAUAUGAAAAUUUAUAACAUAAAAAUUGAAGAAAGCCAAAAAAAUAAAAAAAAAAAAAACAAAAAUUAAAAAAAUAAAAAUGCAUCAUUAAAAGAACUCUUU